CGAGGGCUGACAGGGAAGGCGGCUGAGGCGAAGGUUUGAAGGGGAAGUGCGACUGUUGGGUCUGCGGACGCGAUGGAGGUCGCGCAGAGGAAUCCUACACAUCGCCCUUUCUGCUUCAGUGUGAAAGGCCAUGUGAAGAUGCUGCGACUGGCACUAACCGUGACAUCUAUGACCUUUUUUAUCAUCGCACAAGCCCCUGAACCAUACAUUGUUAUCACUGGAUUUGAAGUCACUGCUAUUUUCUUUUUCAUAAUUUUAUAUAUAUUCAGACUUGAUCGAUUAAUGAAGUGGUUAUUUUGGCCUUUACUUGAUAUUAUCAACUCGAUGGUAACAACAGUAUUCAUGAUCAUUGUAUCUGUGUUGGCACUAAUUCCAGAAACCUCAUCAAUGACAGUUGUUGGGGGGGCAUUUGGACUCCUGGCUGCAGUGUCCUGUCUUGCAGAUGGGGCCCUUAUUUACCGAAAGCUUCUGUUCAAUCCAAGUGGUCCUUAUCAGAAAAGGCCUGUUCCUGGAUAAAAAGAAGUUUUGUAAUUUUAUAUUUGUUUUCAGUUUGUCACUAAGUAUUAAACAUAUUUCUUUAUUCUGCCACAUA